AGGUUUGAAAACAUUUGAAUGCAUUGCGUUUCAUUAUAAGCAAAUAUGAAUUACAACUGCCAAUGUCCAACUUUGUCCACAAAUUGUCACUUUUGUCAGUUUGAAUUGACGUUGUUGUUUUAUGUUGAAUAUUUUUUUUUGAUAUUAUUAGUUUUUAUAUAGUUUCAGUUCAAUCAUGUUUAGCAGAGUUCCAGUCUUUUUGUUAUCGCCGCUGAAAAAAAGUGUCACAAAGUCUAUGAUGGCACUUAACUUUUCUACAUCUGAAGGUUUAUUUAGAUGUUUUAAGUUAGCUUUGCUCCAGUUAAAAGUGGGUUUGGGUAAAACUCAGAACUUAGCUAAUGCGGUAAAAGAGAUUCACUACGCGAAGGAGAAAGGGGCCCAGCUGGUCGCGUUGCCGGAUUUCUUCAAUGCUCCAUAUGGAGUUCAAUACUUAGAAGAAUACGCGGAGGAGAUCCCGAGCGGGCCGUCAUGUGCAGCUCUGAGAUGCGCAGCGCUGGAGGCCGGCGUGUGCGUGGUCGGCGGGACCAUGCCCGAGCGGCACCGCGACAAGUUCUACAACUCCUGCACCGUCUGGGACGAGAAGGGGAACCUUGUCGCUGUGCAUAGGAAGUUACAUUUGUUCGACGUAGAUCUCCCUGGGGGUUUAGAGUUCAAGGAGUCGGAUGUGCUGUCGGCCGGCGACGAAAUUACCACCUUUGACUUCAGAGGCAUAAGGAUCGGUCUCGGAGCAUGCUACGACCUGAGAUUCUUUGAAAUGGCACAGAUGAUGGCUAAAGAAGGGUGUUCACUGCUGCUAUACCCUGGAGCGUUUACCCUGACGACAGGCCAGUUGCACUGGGAGAUCCUAGCUCGAGCGCGGGCCACGGACCUGCAGCUGUGGGUGGCGCUGGUGAGCCCCGCGCGUGACAUGACCGCUAACUACGUGGCGUGGGGACACUCCAUGAUCGUGGACCCCUGGGGAGCAGUGGUGCUGGAGUUGGAUGAAGCGCCAGGAAUACUUAUGAUAGAUAUUGAUUCGCAACUCGUUGAAAACGUAAGGUCUCAGAUACCGGUAUGGAAACACAGAAGAACUGACCUGUACGAUACAGUCUCCCCAAAAUAUAUUAUAAGGAAGAAAAUGUGAUCUGAAGGAUUUGAAACUGGUGAUAUUUUUUAUGUACUGUAAUAACUACGGCUGGCCUUAAUGGCUCGCAUUUAAGAUUAUUCUCGAACAAAACAAUUUUUGAAAUGUUUUCUGUACUUAUGUCAUAAAGAGGUUAAGUUUGUGCAUUUUUGAGGUUGGGAAGAGGGCGGGGU